CCGGCAUUGCCGUCGGAACGGUCGCACGACGCUCCCUCGGGCAUAUUUCGCGUCUACCGUGUUUGAAGCCGUGAAAAUGAGUUAUCUCGAGAAAGUCGACAGUUAUUUGGAUUCCCUGAAAGUAGGGAAAAGUGCCCUGGUAGACUCGUGGUUCAUGAUGUCGAGCCCCACGCCAAUCUUAUCAGUGGUGAUAGCAUACCUCAUACUGAUCAGGAUCGGGCCCAGGAUCAUGAAGAACAGGGCGCCGCUGAUGAUCAACAAACUCAUAGCGUAUUACAAUGCUUCGCAAGUGGUGUUAGCGGCAAUGAUUUGUGUUAAGGUGUUCAACUUGAAUUUGUUCAGGGAUGGUAUUUUAUACGCCGGAUGUCGUUAUCCUUCAAACACGCAAAAUUCAAUGCUGCUUGAUCUUGGUUGGUGGUACUUUUUCGCAAAAUUCACUGAGCUGCUGGACACCGUGUUCUUUGUGCUGAGGAAGAAAAACAAACAGAUCACGUUCCUACACGUGUACCACCACGUCAUCAUGGCUCUCUACUCCUGGAGCUACCUCAAGUUCGCGGCUGGUGGGGAAGGCGCUAUCCUUGCCCUCCUCAACUCAAUAGUGCACGUGGUCAUGUACACAUAUUAUUUGCUGUCCGGUUUGGGACCGCGAUUCCAGAAAUAUUUGUGGUGGAAGAAAUACGUCACGAAAAUGCAGCUGAUACAAUUCAUUCUAAUGUUGGCGUAUUGUGCUUGGACACAUUUCUCACCCAGAUGCCAGUACGCAUCGGGCUUCACUUACUUUAUAUGCACCAACAUUACCAUAUUCUUGUUCCUCUUUCUUAAUUUUUACUCUAAGAGCUACAAGAAGAGAAUUGAAAAGAAGGUCAAUGCAGAUAGCAAGACGAGAAAUGGAGAAACAAAAGCGAAUGGCGUUUGUAAUGGAGUCAAGAGGAAUAAUGAGAACGGUGUCAAUGGCAAUUGUAAGAACGUCCCUUAUUUAGAAGAGAUCCCGUACGAAGUAGAUGCAGCAUGCGGCGACUACUCUAAAGACGGCAGCGUCUACCUCACCAGGCGCACAGCCAAAGGUGCCUUCAGUUCCGAAUAUGAUUUCGACAGUAUAAUAAAGAAAUGAUUUAUUAUUAAAUGACAGUAGGGUUAUGUUGAGACUGAUGUUUGUGAUGACGAUGGAGAUGGUAAAAUUAUCGUAUAAUUUGAAGAAAAAAUAGUUUUAAGGGUGCUUAGUUAUAAGUUAUUGUGAGGGCUCUUUUGCGAGUGAAUGGCCAUUUUUAAUGUCCGAAUUUUUAUAAAUUCCAAAAUAUUUUGUGCGAACUGGAAGAGUCCUCAGAGGACGGAAUACUUUUUAAAUGUAGUUGAAAUUCUAAAAUUAUUACACCAUAUCGUGGACGAAAGUGAAUCAAAGGAAAUUUUUAAAACGUACCAGUGAGAAAUGCGCUUUAAUUAAAUGAAAUAAUUAUAUUUUACAAUAAAUUGCCAACCGCACAAUUAGACAGUGUAAUUUAGGUAGAUUAGGUUUAAUCAUUUCUUGUUAACGUUGCAACAGCUGAUUGAACAUACUGAGAUUUACUUGUAAUCAGUUCAAAUCAAUUUCGACACCUUUUGUUUUGCAAAAUAUAUUAUUUUAAAUCAAUUUUAAAGUUGCUUAAGCAUGUGAUUGGUUAACAUUGACACACGAUUACAAUAAAUAAAUACGUAACUCCAAUUUGAGUUCUGAAAAUGUAUAAUAAUACAUUAAAUAAUGUUUUUUUUAUUCAGUCGCUAAGAUGCCCCCCCCCCCCCCUCGUGUUUUUUUUUUAUUGGCAAUUGUUAUACAUUAUGCCAAUUUAAAUUAGCUUCUUGAUUUUACAGCAUAGCCUUGCAUAUUGAUUUCCUGGGAAAUAAAUCAAUCAAUUUUAAAUAAGGAAUUGAAAAAAAUAUUAAGUUGUAAUUUAUAUAGUUUUCCGGCGUGUUGUCAUCUGUUGUGACUAAAUACUUAACUCGCACUCAGAUUAAAUUCUGAUAGUUCGUGCUUUUAAUUAAUUUAGAUAUAUUUUUAUUUUGGAAAACGUAGAUCUAUAGUAAUAUAAUAUUGUUUUCCAACAAAUAUUGUGCCUUUGAAAAUAUUAAUUGAGAGUUUAAACAACGAAAGACACUUUUGACGUGGAUUUUUUAUUGUAAAUCAAAAAUUGAUAAGUAUGAAGCCUAAUGUAAGUUAAUUGACUAAUGUACAUCGUUUUAUCAAUUUUCUAUAUGAUAUAAAUAAUCUCACGGUGUUUGAUUUGUUGUUUUCAUGAGUGCACAUAGUGGGAUCGAAGGCGAGAACGACAAAGUAAGUAAAAGAGAGGGGCUGACAGAAACCUUAAUUGCAAGGGAGCAAUAUAAUGUUGUCUGAUAGCAAUUAAAUAGAAUUUUGCUUAAUUAUAUUAUAUAUACGUAUAAAUAUAACAUGUAUUUAAGCUUUAAGACCAAUAUGAACAAAAUUUUGUGUCCAAUAAUUACAAUUUAUUAUAUUAUAUGUAAAAUAGUUUGAUAUAGACAAUUUGAGUAUGAAUAGAAAAAAACACGUUUAAGGAAUCUGUCUCAUUAUUUCAUGAAAUUAGUUUUUUUAUGUUUGAUUUAGCUAGCUGGCAGUGCUGCUUCUAAAUACUAAAUAUGAUUAAAAUGAUAAAAUUUGUAAUCAAACCAGGAUUGCCUUUAUGUUCGAUGUAUGAUGUAAAAAAAUACCGAUUUUAGAGUUAAAAUAUUUGUGCUUAUAGACGUAGAUAUAACGAAAUCUACGUUUAUUUUUUGGCUGAUUUAAAUAUUAUGCGUCGGUGCCAAUUGGCAGUUAUAAGUUUAGAUUAAGACGCGUUUUCACUAAAGCGGAACAGGGAAAUGUAUAGAAAUGUAGGUCUCUAAUAUAAGAAGUUGUCAGAACGGAAAUUUGGUUUCUCAGAACAUAUCAGUCUAAUCCAAGAUAUGAUAAUCGCAAUCCAGCAUAUUAAUUCAAGAUAUGAUAUCAUUUUCAUUCAUCUAGCACCUUUUCUUAUACAUGCACAGCUAAGUCCCCCCACUGAACCUGAUGGUGGGUAUAGUGGAGUCUAAUAGAACAUCGACUGACGAGAGAUGGUUACCUUUCAGCAGUCGACAUGAUUAUGCCGGCCUGUUGGAACCGGAUAUACACAGGCUGAUUCUGGAAUGCGACUAAAUGCAUUAUCACUGGGGCGAAACUGCGUACAUAGUUAAUUAUUUUUUUUAUAAAUUUGUGCAAACAACAGCGCCAAUAGCGGAUUUCUCUUUACAGCUCUAUGCGUCGACUCUGUCACCCCGCUUUAGUAAAAACGCAUGCUUAAGAAUUAGGUACUACCUAUUAAAGAAUCAAGCUGACAUAUUUUAUUAGUUUUGCUAAUAUAAAGAUCGGAUUAAAUAACUAAAAGUCCACGAUGCUUAUAGUAAAUGGUUUUUGUUAGUUUUUUUUUUUUGCAUUUUAAUUAGCCGCAAGUCCGUCCCAUUGAAUGCAAUUUCAUAUUAUUUUGUCUGAAAACUUAUAUUUAAUAUUUGUGUAUAGCCCUUCGUAUUGAUACCUCGCAUCUCGCUAAAUUAAAUGGUGUACUAUAAGUUUUGGUGAGUUGAAUGCUAUGGAGAACGUUUAUAACAUAACAUAGUGUACCGCGAAUAGUAGAAUAAUGCUUAUUAUGAAAGAUAAAGUGACGAUAUUUCCUUGAAGCACCAAGCUAUCACGUAUUAAUACUUGGCAAUAAUUUUAUAUUCAGAAGCAAAACGAAGGCAGAGAUAAAUAAUAUCAUAUUAUGUUCUUCGUCUUUAUACUCGCUCUCUGCAACGAAUAAAUAAAAAUCAAGUUAAAAUACCAUGUUUAAAUUGACAACUAUUGAAAUAAUGGAAUUUUAGAUUGAAUUGAGUGUACGUUUACAUUAAAAGGUAUGUUUAAUGAUUACGCAAAGUAAACAUAGAAGUAGAGCAAUUUUUUGGAUUUUAUCGCGGUUUUAUAUUAUGACUCUCAAUGGAAUGUUUUUUUCAAGAAUGAAUUUUGAAAAUUGUUGUGUGUAUCUUGAGUUAUAUGAAAAUCUAUGAUUCAAAAUCCAUAAUACGUGAUGAUUUUACGAAGUUUUGAGCUUACACUAUAUAUUUAAGAUUCAAUUCAAUAUUAUAAACGUUGUCAAUAGUAUUCAUUCGUAGACUAUUGUCAGUGUUUAUUGAUAUUCUAAAAGCAAUAACUAUAAGAUUAAUGUGCCGGCAUAUCAAACAUGAAACAGGUUUACGAUUUUUCAGCAUAGUUAUUAAUUCGUAUAAUUUAUGCAAUUUACAAUAGUACAAAAUAAUUAAUAUUUUUAAGGAAACAAUAAAGACGUAAAAAA